AUGAGUAUUACCAGUAGAAUGCUUUAUAACAAACUAUGCGGCUUACGCCCGGACUUAUCUUCGAGAAUCACCCCGGAGAUCCUGAGCGAGAUAUGCGAUGAUCCUAAUACACAACCUUUUUUGAAGUGGUUCUUUGAGAACGUACACUUCACCAAUGUUCUGUCUAGUGAAGAAAUAAUAUUAAAAAAUACAUUGUCAGAUGAGUCAAAUGAGUGGUUAGAAGACGAAGUACUGGAUGCUGCAUUAGAGGAAGCGACCAGAGACUGUCCAGAGUUGUUGCAUCUUGUUGAUUUGGAUGAUACAUAUAAAGAAGACUUAUUUGAAGAAUAUGAAAUAUUAAAAGACUGUUAUAAAGAAGACAAGGAGUAUUUGAAUUCACUAAAACACAGUAUAAUAAAUCUGAAAGAAGUUGAUAACAGGCUAGAUGAUGAUAUCGAAGAAGCGGAAACUUUGCUGCAUAAAGAACAGAUUGAAACAGAAAAGUUAUAUGAAAACUGCAGUGUAGUUCUGAAAGAAUUUGAUAGAGACAACUGUCAAUUCUCAAAAGAUGUUGAUUCUUUACUAAAUAUAUAUGCUAAUGCUACCAAAAAUCAAGGUGAUACAGUAUUGUGGUCACAGAUGCCCAUAGAUUUAUUUAUUAAACAAGUAGAACUUUACAAUCAUUAUUUGGGUAUCCAUAUAAGAAAACAAUUUGAAAGUGUUAAUAAAGAAGAACAAGAUGAGGAUUCAGAUUAUGCAUCUCUAAUAAACAACAGUAGAGAGAAGCAGGUUGAUGAAAGAAUGCACGAAUUGAUUUCAUGUAAAACAAAUUUGAGAAAUUCUAAAAUAGAAGAGAUCAAUGCUGAUAUUCAAGUAGAAUCCUACAUUGCAAUGUUGCAAAGUAUUCGAGAUAUUUAUAACAGCGGAAUUUUGAAGGUUCCCGGGAAUAAUGAAAUAGACGAUGAAAUUUUAACAUUAAGUACAAAAAGAGAUAUUUUGGAGCAAAAUGUCGAACUUUUGCGAGACCAGCAGUUUUCAGUGAUAGCACAAUUCGCGGAAAUUGAGACAAUUAAGAUUCUGAAGAACGACGCGCUUGCUCGUCUCGAACGGAGGAAGACCCGUCUCGAGAAGCUUAAGAAUUUAUACUAUCUUGCGGGAGAACACGGUCAUGUUUACGUCGAUCUGCUAUACAUAUUAAUGGAAAUGCAAUAUCGCAACCUUUGCGAAGUUGUCGAAUUUAUCGCCGACGCACGUCAUUACAUUACAACAGAGUACAAACUUUCUUCUACAAGAUGUGAAGUUAUGCAGCAACAACAAGACGAAUAUGCAACCAUCUUAAUGGAAUCUUCAAAAACUUGUAAUAUUUUCAACCAAAUAUUCACCAGCAUGAUGGCUGGUGACUGUUCGGACCUUUCGUUUUCAUCCGCGUUGAAGAAAUACGACGACUUGAUAACUGAAAACGCAGAGAAGAAAUUAAUGUUGGAAACAUUUUUAAAUAAUAAAAUUAGCAUGGUGCAAAAAUUAGCAAACAAAGUUAACAAGGAUUAUAUGGCUGAGACACAAUACGAACCAACAAAUAGCUUUAAGCCAAUUUCAUAUGAAAUUAGUACCAAUUAUGAGGAAAUAUCUGCUAAUGUUCAAGAGUUACAGGCAGAUGUUACUAAAAUCAGGAACCAAUUCAAAGAACGAAUGAAGGCUGAUGCCAGCUUUGAACGCGAGAAGGACAUCUUGUGGCAAAGAUUCUUGGCAGACCCAGAUACAUUAAAAAUGAAAUAUGAGGAAGCAAAGCAAAGGGUAGAUGACUCUCACUUUGGAGAUACUGUAGAAAGUAAACCAAGUUUUUAAAUUAAUAGUUUAUUUGGAGUUAAAAAAAUAAUACAUUAGUCUUGUAAUUAAGAGAUGUACAAUCUCUUUAGUAUAAGAAUAAAUCAAAGGUGUAAGAUAAAAUGUUUCAUAAAAAGCAUAACUUUUCAGUAAGAGAAAGAGA